AUGGACGACCCGCAGGAGCACCCGAGACAAGGCUUUCGUCCUGCUCAUCCGUACGCCGCCUCGAACUCGUCGAGCUCCGUCCACUCGCGCACCAUGGCGCCGCAGAGUGCCAACAGUUCGACGACGCACGUUACCGAAGACGCACCGGCCAUCCUAUCGUCGCAUCCCGUGCACCGCUUUCAUCACAGCAGCUGCAUCAAACCCGCCAUCUCACCCCGUGUCGCCUCUCGGGCCGCCGCCCAUCCGCCCCGGCAGGGCACCCCCGACUCGGCGCGACCGCCCGCUCUUUCGUCGUAUCUGCAGGAGAAGCUGCAGCGCGAGCGCAGGAUGGAGAGCGAGCGGGUCACCUUUUCCCCCGCGCCAUCUCGGACCAAGACGAGUGCCUCGGUCGAUCUAGGGCGUCCGGCCUGCAGCUCACCAUUCAGGCCGCCUCUGGAAGCGAACGGCACUCGUCCGCAGUCGAGCACCAGCAUCGAGCCGGCAAGGAAAAAGGGCCUCGGGGUCAAGGAGAUGGAAAAGGUCGUCUCCAACCUGCACAAGCAAAACUUUGACCUCAAGCUGGAGCUCUUUCACCGUCGCGAGCGGCAGACGGCCCUCGAGGAGCGACUCGACGCGCUCGAGUCGGACAAGGGCCGGGUCGAGGACGAGAAGGAGAAGCUGGUCGAGGAACUCGAGAAGCGCGACAAGGCCGUCGAGGAGGCCGUCGCUAUGAUCGUAGUCCUCGAGGCGAAGCUCGACCAACUCGUCCAGGAACGUCUCACGGUUCGCCGGGUCGAGCGGGAACGCUACUUUUGCCCGCGCGACUACGAAAUGGGCGCCAGCCAGGCGACAGCCCAGCCCGUCGGACGAGACACGUCGAAGCUCGAGAGCGAUGCCAAGUCCGUCACUCGCAUGCCGAGCUUCUUGUCCGAGCGGAGCGAAAACACGGAGAACCUGCGCAACGUCUACCUCGGCGUCAAGGCCAACGUCCACCACCUGCCUCGCGUGGUGGAGAGCUCGCCCGAGGUGGGACAUGACAGGGGCUUCGACAGCCCGACGCUGAGCAUCCUGAGCGAGAGUUCCUUCGUGAGCGUCUAUGGCCAACGGGGAAAGGGUAUGGACCACGGACCAACGGUGCACAUGGACGAACCCCUCGCCCUCGACGGCUUCGAUGGAGGAGACUGGACGACGGAUCAGCAAGCGGUCACGGCGCCGAGAAGGCGAGCGGCGUCGGUCAGCAAACCGGCCACCGCUUCCAAACCGCUUCCCUGGUCGAGCACCGCCGUCUGCUUCCACGCCUUGUCCGACAUUUGCUACCAACGUGGCCAGCCUCGCUUCGAGCACGUCGACGGCGACGACUAUGGCGACGGCGAUGACGACGCCGGCGACGGCGACGGCGACUGCGAUGGCGACGAUUGCUCGACAAAGGGGGACGUCGCCCGGCCACAGAGCCGAGAAGGCGACCCGAGAAAGUCGCAGCGUAAGUCCCCCGCCAAGUCCUCGACCCGCAAGCAUGCGCAUCAGGAGCAACGCGAGGCCUUUCGGCAAGUACGGACGGAUUCAUCGGGCGGCGUUCAUCUCCCGGGCCAGGGAUUGCCGCCGACGCCUGACACCAUCUCGACGUCUACGCUGCAUCAAUUCGAGACGUCGGACGAGCCACCGUUGCAUGCCGGCGCCGACGCGCCGGAAGCAACGUCUCGCAUCCCUCUCGAAAGCACCUUUUCGGCCCAUCGUCUCUCGUACGCCCAACGACCGCAAAGUGCCGGCGAAUCGAUCACGUCGUUCGGCCGAGGCCACGACUGGGUCGGCGACCACGACGACUUCUCGGAUUCUCGCUCCGUGGAUUCCAACGCCGACAUUUGGCUCCGCGAGAGCACGAAACCCGAUAGGACCGGUGUCCGUGUCUCGCCGCAUCCUUUUAGCUUCCUCGUCCACGCCGCCCACGGUAGCUGGGAGGUGGAAACCGUGCCCGGCCGCGGCGGAGCCCUAGGGGGAGGUGCCCCCCUUCCGCCGAGACACGAAUUCCUGCCAGAGGGCAUCUCGGCAAGCACGCGAGUGUUCCCGGCAAAAUCGAGCCGGAGAUCGACCUUCCACGCGCCGACUGGCGAGCCGGAAUCAGCCUCACCGGCCGGCAAUGAUGCGGCGUUGGAGGGAUUGCCCCGGCGUCAUGGCAGACAUGCCAGCGAAGCGCACGAAAAUGAAGUCGACGCGCAGCUUGCCGCGCAGCACCAGCAGCAGCCCCAUCGCCAGCCCGCUGCCGACCAGAAGCGCCACCCACCCGUGUCGGGCCAUCACGGCGCUCGUGCCGGCUUGCAUCGAUUCUUUCGCCGUUCGGUCGGUGCCGUGGUGAUGAGUCCUGAUGCCGACAGCACACCGCCAAGCACUUCGUCGUCGGCCGCGGCGGAGAAUUUCAAGGGCGCGCCGCUGUGGCAGCUCAGCAACUGUCCGAUAGAAGACGGCGGCUUGAGCGGCAAGCUUCCCCCCAUUUUCGGCGACAGGCGACAGGGACGAAGCAACACGCUGGACUGUGCAGGUUUCGAGCACGAGGUCUCGCCGGUGGCGGCCGCCGAAGCGCCGACGAAGCCGCAUCAGGACGACGCGGCACCGCCGGACCCGGACCAGCCGCAGGACAGCGCGGCGAUGACAAGCUCGGCGACGGGCGGUCGGCGCAAGUGGCUGCCGACGUUUGGACGACCGGCCGCCAUCAAGAGCAAGGCAGGUUAG